AUGAGCGACACAAUCGUCACCGCCGCCAUGAUCGUCAUCGGCGACGAGAUCCUUUCGGGGCGCACGCGCGAGGCCAACGCGCACCAUCUGGCGCGGGUUCUGACCGGCGUCGGCAUCGAUCUGCGCGAAAUCCGCGUGGUCGGCGACGACAAGGCUGCGAUCAUCGAGGCGGUGAACGUGCUGCGCGCGCGAUACACCUAUGUGUUCACCUCGGGCGGCAUCGGGCCGACCCAUGACGACAUCACCGCCGAUGCGGUCGGCGCCGCGUUCGGCUUGCCGGUCGAGCCCGAUCCGGCCGCCUUGGCGAUGCUGACCGAUCAUUACGCCAGGCGCGGACAGGAGUUCACGGCGGCGCGCCGGCGCAUGGCGCGGGUGCCCGAGGGGGCUGUCCUGAUCGACAAUCCGGUCACCACGGCGCCGGGCUUUCUGAUCGGCAACGUGCAUGUGCUGGCGGGCGUGCCGGCAAUCUUCCAGGCCAUGCUCGACAACGUGCUGCCGAGCCUGCGCACGGGCCGCAAGCUCCUUUCGGACAGCAUCGAGUGCCCGUUCGGCGAAGGGGUGAUCGGCGCGCCGCUCGGCGCGAUCCAGGCCGAGCAUCCCGAUGCGAUCAUCGGCUCCUAUCCGCGCUAUGAGGACGGACGGCACUGGGCCGAGAUCGUGGUGCGCGCCGCCGACCCCUCCGUGCUGGAUACCGCGCUUGCCGAUGUUCGCGGCAUGCUGGACGCGCUGGCACGGGGCGAAUAG